UCCUGCCCUUGAUUUCUUUACAUUAUCCAGAAACUAAUCUUGUUGGAUUGAAGUGAAGUGAGGAGGGAAGCCAGUAGAAGGAUAAAUGGAUUUGGAUUGGAGAGAAGUCUGAGCCAGUAAUCUGAGGAGGAGGAAGAGCUGUCAACUCCUCUUCAUGGCAUCAGUUCCUGGCUUCUUGGCUUUUUUCUGUGGUUCUCUUGGUUUUCCUUCUCUUUCCAUUGCAUGCAACAUGUUUGUGUUGCCAAGCCUCUUGUUCUUAGGAUUGAGAGUAUGGUGCCUUGGGUUUCGCUUCCAGGAGCUCGAUAUGUUUCUCAGGCUGAUCCCAAAGGUACCCAUGAACUGGAAGAAGGAACUGUGUACUAAUGGUGGUGUUUGUGCUGCUUGCGGCACCAAAAUUGGAACUCGGAAGCCCUCUCAACCUGAAAGAUCAAAGAGAAAUAAGGUAUGCUUGCUUGAGCUGGGGAGUAGAAAUUGGACGAUCAGAAAUGGUUUCAAAGAUUUAUCUGAUGAAGAAGGGGAGAAUGAUGGACUCCAGGGAGAUGGUACAGUGAAGUUAAAGGAGAAGAUUGCAGAGGAAAGGAAGCAUCGGACCGCGGCGGUUUCUGAACCAGAGAAGGAGAGGGUAGCAGCUUCAUCGGCUGCCGACGAGGCCAUGGCCAAGAUUGCAAAGCUACAGAACGAGAAAGGACUGAUUGAGAGAGAAGCCCGGCUGUACCGCGAAAUGGCAGAGCAGAAGCAGUCGUAUGAUGAUAUGGUGAUCGAAACUUUGCAUUGGAUCAUCAUGAAACUUGAGGCAGGGAGAUCAGCAGACAUAAUGAGAACCACAGUGUAGGAUGGUGAAUGCUCAAGCAAAACUACAAGGUGGCGUUAGAAAGUUUGAGCAGAGCAAUGUCUGAAACUAUCUGGAGUUGCAAUGGUGGA